AUGUUUUAUUAUUUGCAUGAGCGAGAGAAGGAUCAUAUUUGUUAUCUGUUCAGCAAAAAUAGCAUUGAUCAAGAUGUUGUUUUGGUACCAGAAAAACCGAUGAAAAAAUUGGAUAUGAUACGAUCGUUGGAAAUCGUAGCUGACUGCCAUCAAUUCGAUCCUUUCCCACCCCUCUUCACUGAUUUCACCGCAUCUACCGAUGGAGUAUCGAAAAAGAAACGAGAUGUUGGCUACGGUAGACCAAUUGAAGCUACCGGUUCAUGGUCAGCAUGGUCCGAAUGUUCGCCACGAACAGGGAGACAAGUUCGGUCGCAACCAUGCGAAUAUGGUCGUAACAUUCAGCGCCGACGAUGCUCCAGUCGCAAUUUUUAUCACGCAUUAGGUUACGGUGCUAAAAUUACUGGUUAUGCUCCAACUAUAGAUAUCAGUAUAUCAUAUCCACCGUAUCCAUAUCAACAUCCUGAUAUUAGAUCUGACGAAUAUAAGAAAAUAAUGAGUAUGCAUAGUGAACAAAUGGCACGAUCAUGUUGCUAUUGGCAAGAUUAUUUCCAACAAAAGUCCAUAAAUAUGACCAUUGGUCAGAAAACGCAGAUUCAGCAACAACUUGGAAUUGGAAAUGGAUGUCCAACAACAUGUCCAACUUCUACCCAGUCAAAACUUCAACCAUCAGUUUAUUAUGGUCAAGUACGACCGCAACUACCCAUUUAUGGUCAAAUACAACCUCAACCACCAGUUUAUGGCCAAGUGCAACCUCAAGCACCAACUUAUGGUCAAGCACAACCUCAGGAACCAGUUGAUGGUCAAGCGCAACCCAAAUCAUCACUUGAUGGUCAAGUACAACCUCAAGCACCAGUUUAUGGUCAAGUACAACCUCAAGUACCAGUUUACGGUCAAGUACAACCUCAAGCACCAAUAAGCGUAUGGUCAAGCUGGUCAGAAUGGUCAUUUUGUUCUGCAACAUGUGGAAUUGGUAUGAUACAACGAUAUCGUAUUUGUAAUGAAGGAGAAUGUAAAGGUGAAAAUGUCGAAUGGCGUAAAUGUCAUCAAGUUGUCCCAUGUGUAGCAAGCUGGGCUGAUUGGACUUCAUGGAGUAUUUGUAGUGUAACAUGUGGAAUAGGUGAAAAGACACGAUCACGUUACUGCUAUCUUGGUAUGGGUUACUGUACCGGUUCCGAUCAUGAGAUAAUACAAUGUGAGACGGUACCAUGCCCAGGAUGGGGUCAAUGGGAAUCAUGGUCACACUGUUCAGUGACAUGCGGUACUGGUACCAAAAGGCGUUCACGUAUUUGUGAUGGCAAUAAUUGCAUUGGAGACGCUUAUCAAGAAACUUAUUGUCACCAAGAUGAAUGUGAGGAAUGGUCAGAAUGGCAGGAAUGGUCAGCUUGUUCGGUAUCAUGCGGAGAAGGGGUCAUCACUAGGGAACGUGUUUGCAUGGGACGGGAAUGCAUUGGUGAAAGUAGUGAGCAGAAUGUAUGCAUGGAACAGGCAUGCUCAACCUGGCAAGAAUGGGGUCAAUGGUCAGCGUGUUCCGCGAAAUGUAAUUUCGGAAUAUCAACGCGAAAACGUUUAUGUCAUGGAAUUUUCUGUCCCGGAAAACGAGUGGAAAUAAUGCCAUGUCAUGCUGGCCGAUGUAUGAUAUGGUCAGCAUGGCAAGAAUGGUCCGAGUGCUCGGUAACAUGUGGUAGCGGGAUGCAACAACGAUAUCGUACCUGUAUCGGUGCUGAUUGUCCAGGAAAUGCUGAGGACAUUCAGUAUUGUGAAACUGGAGUAAGCUGUCCACAAUGGACCGAAUGGACAGCAUGGUCAAAGUGUAGCCAAGAUUGCGGGAUUGGUGAACGGAUACGACAUCGAGAGUGCUUAUUUCUAGAUGGAUCAGCUGAUAGUUGUAAAGGUGAAAAAUCGGAAACUGCGGUAUGUCUCGAACGAUUGUGCUGUGAAUGGACCUCCUGGUCAAGUUGGACACCAUGUAGUCACAGAUGCGGUACCGGACAUAGUUCGCGAACAAAAAUGUGCUUAAGACUUGGCUAUGAACAGGAUGAUUCCAGCUGCACUGGUCAUUGUUAUGGUGAUGCUCGUGAGGAAAGGACUUGUAGAGAACAAAUUUCUUGUGCAACACCUACUUCGCUGCCAAUAUGUGUUCGCAUAACUGGCUAUGCACCAAGUUUACCUGGUACUGCUCUUGCACCUAGUCCAGGUGGACUAUGUCCAUCUGGUUAUGUUCCUGCACCUGGUGUUCCUGAUUACGUCCCUACACCUACUGCACCCGAUUACGCUGCUUUGCCAACUACCCCUAUGCACAUUCCUGCAACCGAUCUACCUGGUUACGUUCCUGCAUCUGUUACACCUGGUUACCCUCCUGCAAUAAGUGCUUCUGGUUAUAUUUCGGUACCUGGUACACCAGAUUACGUUACUACACCAAGUGCUGCCGGUUAUAUUCCCCCAGCAAGUAUUCCUGGCUACUUUUCUGCACCUGUUACACCUGGUUACGCUGCUUUGGCAACUGCUCCUGCUGACAUUCCUGGACCCGACACACCUGGUUACGUUCCUGCAUCUGUUACAUCUGGUUACACUCCUGCAAUAAGCGCUUCUGGUUACGUUUCGGUACCUGGUACACCAGAUUACGCUGUUGCAUUACAUGCACCUGGCUACGUUUCUCCACCAAGUGUUCCAGGUUAUGUUAUACCACCAGGUGCUCCUGGUUAUGUUCCUUCACGAAUUGCUUCUGCUUACCUUCUUGCGCCUUCCCGUUACGCUAUGCCAGCUAAUAUCUUCAUCGAAAUCAGAUGUCAAUGGGCUGAGUGGUAUCAGUGGUCAGCAUGCCAACAAACAUGUCAUCACCAUGUUAAACGUCGAUUCAGGCAUUGCAUUGGGGAAGAAAAUUGCACAUGCAGUGGUAGUGCACGGGAAGAGAUGAAUUGUUUACUGCCAGCGGAAUGUAAAAAUUAA